AUGUCGCUAAAUAUCACACAAUAUAAUUAUAAUACACAACCACCACCCAACAAUCAAACAAAUAGCAAUAAAUUAUCAUCUAAUUAUUGUAACGCACAUUGCAAUUCACCACAUAAUUCCUUUACAUAUGACAAUGGUAAUAAUUCGUCUUUGAACUAUAAUAGAAAUCAAAAUGAUUCUUCUUUUGUAAAUCCGUUAUCUGGAUAUCCAAAUUUAACGAUAUAUCCCACACCAAAACCAUCAUCAAACAAUACUGUAUCAAAUGCUACUUCAUCAAGUUCCAGUGUAAUGAAUACUGCCACAUUAGAUCAAAAUGUUUGUAACCACAAUUAUAAUUACAACCCUAAUCAGAUGUCUACAGGCAGUUAUCACCCACAUGCAGAAACAGCUCAAAAAAAAAGUGGACUGCCGGCUGAUUACAGUGAUAAGGUAAUAAUUAUUUAUUUUAUUUAAAUUAUUUUUCAAUUUUUACUAAAAGUAAUUUAUAAAAACAAAUUUAACACAUGUCAGGUAUAAAUCUGUUUUUUUAUUUAUCUUAUAUAUUAAGAAUGUAAAUCAAUUUUGCAGAAGCACGAAAUUGUUUUACAAAUGGGGAUCACCUGAUGCUGAUAGAAAAUGCUUGUUUAAGUGGUUAUUAGAACAAAAUAUAUAAAACAUAAUUCACAAUGUAUUCAAAAUUAAUUCUCCGAACAUAAAGCUAAACAAAUAAGUAAAUAUAUUUUAUCCAAAUUCAAAAAAAUUUUAAAAAAAAACUAAUGGAGGGUGGUGGUGGUAGCCCUCCACAAUUCUUACCCAUGGAGGGCCAGGGCUAUAUAAAUCGGCAGUUAAUUUGUCAUGGUAAGGUCGUGUGAGAACUGCUAACUCUCUAGAUUGAAAAAAAUUCAUAGUGAACACAAGUCAUUAUUAUGAGUAAACAUUUUUUUUAUUAUACUUUUUGUAUGGUAUAAGUUUUUAGUAACUUGAAAUAAUAAAGAAAUAAAUAUCAAAUAUACUAGUAACAAAUAAAUAUAUUGAUUGAAAAAAUAAUGAUGGGGAUGUUAAAAAUGUUGCGUUACUUUAAUAAAUACUAAUGUUACUCCAUUUUAAAUUAGUUUAGCAAUUCCGGUCAGGAGUAUUUAAUUGUGUGCUAUUUGAAUUGUCAGUUUUACAUUAUAAUAUGAUACAUAUCAAAAUAAAACCAUCUGUCGGAGAUAUAAACAAAUAUUUAAUAAGUAUAAUUCACAGAUUAAUAAAUUGUGUAUGUAUUUUCUCUUCCCAUUUUACUGUAUAGAAUAAGUGUUUAGGCGUAGCUGUCAUUAUUCUUUAUCUAAAAGAUUAUAAAUUAUUCAUUAAAAAACAUAAAUAGAUUAUCUGAGAAAGUAUUGUUCACUCUUCUUGACGUAUUAAUGACAUAACAUCUGUAAACACGUUUGUGAAUGCUCACUACUAUCUUUGAAGUUAGAAUUACAAGUACUGUGACCUACCUGUUUGGUAUUUUUUAACAAAUUAAGGAUAUUAUUUGUUAUUGGGUGAAGCCAACUAACCUAGACUAUCAGUAGUAUGAUGAGUAUUGCCUAAAUUUCAUAUUUUAUUAUUUAUAACCUACCAAAAAGUUAUAUUACAUUGUUACAUUUUAUAAUAAAGUUGUAACUAAAUUUUGAUUACAACAGUAAAAAAGCUGUCCUAAGAUAAUGGGAAUGGGUGCAGCCACUGCUCUGGGUAAUUCAAUGUAUUAAUACCUGUAAGCAAUAAUAAAUCAUUGCUAACGAAAAAAUGAUACUGAACAGAAUUCAGUUGAUAGUAAUGUACAUAUGUCAUUAUGGUAAAAUAAUUAAAUAAACAUUAUAAAAUAAUUAUUAUAUUUUCUUUAAUAAUAUUUGGUUAAAGUAACGAUUUUCCUGUUUUUCCUAUCUUUUUUCUGAUUCUUCCAUGUUUUUUCCCAGUUUUUUUUAUAUUUAAUGAGAAAACUCCUGAGAAAAUUGAAAAAUGAUAUCCUUAAAGUACCUUCUCUGUCAGAUUUUCUUUGAGAAAAGGUGAUACACUUAAAAAUAGGAGCAAGAUUUCUGGUAGAAAAGAUGUCCACAGAAAAAAAAAAAACAUCUUUGUAAAACUAUAAGCUUCUUCACUCCACUCAGAAUCUAAUACAAGUUAAUGCAAAUUGUAUUGCUCGUACACAUACUAAUAAUCAGGGGUGGUAAUGACUCAGAACCACGGUCUAUGAAGUUAAUACCAGACUCUUCUCAGCCUACAUAAUAUUGCUUAUUGAGGUAGAAAUAGUUCAAAUUUUAUUCACUGAUGCUACUGAUUAUGUUUAUUUGAGUUUAGUCAAAUUAUUAAAAGCUCUAUUGCGUUUUUAUUAUUUUUGUAUUAUGGUAAUUUAUUAUUUAUGGUAUUAAAAUUUUAUUAUUAAGUUAUUAUUAUCUUAAAUAAGUAUAUACUGCAGUAGACCAUCACAGUUGUGAGUAAAAUUUGAACUAUAAUUAUCUUUUAGUAAGGGUAUAACUAGGGACUAUUCAUCAAACCAUAUCUUCUAAGAUCGUGCACAGGACAUUAUGAACUGUGAACAAAUAGAUUUCUUGUGAUGAUCAGAACAUAAAAAAAAAAAAAAAAAAAAAAAAUGCUGCUUGUUUCUCGUCAAUUUUCUGAUAACAACAAUGCGGCUUUUAAUAUUUAUGAAACUUAUCAUCUUGAUAUUUAUAGGUUUCGCCAGGUUUGCCCGAUGGACAAAUACAAAACACGCCAAAUCAAGCUAAUUCUGGUAAAUACUAAAUAUCAUAGCCCUUCAUUUUAUAAUUAUUUAUGAUUUUUCUUUUUACAUGAUAUUUAUUUGAACAAAAUUAUUUUACCUUAAUUUUAGUCACGGUGUAUGCUCAAAAAUGA